AUGAAGCAGACUCUCCUUUGUAUAACUGGCCUUGUCUUGGUGCUAGGAUUAUCUGCCAAUGGACAAACCCAACCUCUUACGACAUCAACGAGCCUCACCACUCCAAUAAACCCAACAUGGACCGGAAGUACAACAUGGAACACAAAUCCGACCUGGGGCGGAAACAUGCAAAUGUGGAACAGGCCAUUCUAUAAUGCCGCCUACCAACCACAGCCAGGCCAGACCGUGUACUGUUACCCAGUAAACACUCCAAUGUAUCGUGGAUGA